AUCUUUCUUUUACCGGAUACCGGGACAAUUCGGGUCAUAUCGGAAUAUCUCCACCAGUUGAUUGAAGGACCAAAACGCGGCGCGGCCAAAAACUCCAUUUUAAUCGCCGCUCUUGUUGCUUAAAACUCAGUUUUUGAAGUCCAUGGCGAACAAUCCUUCUCAGCUCCUCCCAUCAGAGCUAAUUGACAGGUGCAUAGGCUCGAAAAUAUGGGUAAUAAUGAAAGGAGACAAGGAGCUCGUUGGCACUCUUAGAGGGUUCGACGUCUAUGUCAACAUGGUCCUCGAAGACGUUACUGAAUAUGAAAUCACAGCGGAAGGGCGGCGGAUUACCAAGCUUGAUCAGAUAUUGCUAAACGGAAACAACAUUGCCAUUCUGGUUCCUGGCGGUUCCCCUGAUCCAGAAUGAAGUUGCCAUGAAUUUCUGCCGAUUUUAGUUUUCCUUUUCACAUAACUGAUGACAGAUCAUGUUCUCAGCUUUAUUGAGAAGUUUAGCUAUUAAAAAUGCAUUCUCACUCUGUACUUUUCCUAGGGAUGUAGUUUUAGUACUUCAGGGAAAGAGAUGACCAUAUUUGUUAUGAUGAUUAGCGUUACUUUGUGCAAUUCAGAGUGUAGUGCCUUUUGUUCUUUGAAAA